AUGUUUGAUCGGAGAUGGUGGUCUUUCGCUGGCACAACAUCUCGGACGCUGCGAACCGGAUCUCGAUGGAGACAUAAAAGGACGGUGACUUUGGCCAGCUCGACGAUGGAGGAUGUGGCGGUGGAGAUUGUUGAAAUCGUGGUUGAGAAGAAAGAUCUGGGAGCCGUACUUGGGGAGGCGGAGUCGGAGUCGGAUCUGGUGGAACCGGUGGUCCGAGAGGCUGAUGAAGGUUCGACUUCGCCGUAG